UGCAAGUGAUGAAGCAGAAACAGAAAAUUAUGCCAACAACCUAGUUGUGGAGAACCUGUCAGAUAGAUCACCGCAUUCGGAGAGUGAAUCUGAGGCAGAAAGCUUCGAAGAAUUUCCUGAAGAAGACCAAAAAGAAGAUGCAGAUGAAGACUACGGACCACAGUCAGAUCAAGAAGACAAUUCCACUGGAAGCUGCUUGAAAGAGAGCGACUCUGAAGACCUUUCAAGCACUGAAAUUGAUUAUUCCAGUUCUGAAAGUAUUGACAUGGAGUGGGAGGAAGGGCAAUUUGCCACUACAGUGCUUGGUGAUUAUGAAUCUGUUCCAAAUGCCGGGUGUUCAACAAAAAUUCAAGACACUGAUAAGCAAGAAGAAUCGCUGAUCAACUCUGACGCAAUGAAAGGUAACAGCGAUAAUAUGAUUCAGGAUUAUUAUGGAGUACUGCAGAAUGAUGGUGAUGUCAGUGAACAGGAUGUCAUUAAACAGAAUUUUGAGAUUCAAGAGUCUGAGCAAGAGUAUGAAAGAUGGAGUUACGACCAACUUUCUUACACUGAGGAUGCAUUUGAAGGAGGCAGUGAACUAUCGGAUACAGAUUGCAUAGAAAUAUCUUCAACAGAGGAGCCAACUGAGGAACUAACAGGAACUGGUGAGGAAAUUCAAGAACAAAAUGAAUGUUUUGAAGCAGAGGAUCAUGAGAUCGGCUCUCACCUUGGAGAUGUUGAAAGCAACUACACCAGUGUGGAGACAGAUGAAGCUUCAGAUAACCAACCAAAGAAUACAUUUCAUGAAGAUGAAACAAGUACGCUGACAGGAGACCGAAUUUCUAUUCCUUCUCAGGAUAUCUGCGACACAGAUGAUGCUGAAACAGAUGCAGGAUGCAACGGGAGACCUGAUGAAGAGAAUUCUGAAACAAAUCAAAAUGUUGCAACUGGUGACUUUGGCUUGGAACCUGGACUCCCUGCAGGGGUUCCUGAAAAUCAAAUGGAAGCAACAGAGCAAAUUGGUGAUGUCAAACCAUCACCGGAGAUUCAGCUUUCUGAUUCGGUGCAUGAUGCUUCUGAAGCUGAUGAAGAUGCUGUCAAGGUUGACGAUUAUGAUGAUGGCAAGAAGACUGAACCUUUCCAGCAUUAUGACAUUGCUGAAGAUGGUAACCUGUCCAAAGGGAAGUACACAAAGCCCAAAAUUUCAAGUUCCAAUGAAUCUGAGGAUCAAAGUGAUUUAAGGCUGAAAAAAUCAGAUAUCUUUGGUAACAACACAGGAGAACCUGAUAACAUGGAAGUGGAAAACAAUUCAGAGCCAGAAGCCACAAAAAAUUUCAACACGGCCAAUAAUAGCAUUAGCCCUGGGAUGAAGAGAAAAUUUUCUGAAGCAGCAAGCAACUUCGACCAAGAACUUCCCAACACCUACAACUACUGGAAAAGAAUCAAAUGCAAGAAACUCAACAUGGAUGGGGAGGAGCAAAGGAAGUUCAAUCCAAGAGAACCGAAUUACCUGCCUUUGGUUCCUGACCCCGAACCAGAAAAGGUUGACCUCAGGCAUCAGAUUAUCGACAACAAGAAAUACAGAUGAAUGGAUGCUUGACUAUGCACUCCAGCAAGCUGUCACAAAACUUGCUCCUGCAAGGAAGAAGAAGGUGGCACUGCUUGUUGCAGCUUUCGAAACGGUCAUGCCAGCGCCCAAAGUGGGAAAACAUCAUCGGCAUACAUCAACAGGCUUCAGUCACGCAAGACCUAUGCAAGCUUGUAGCUGAUGAUAGUUACUGAGGUGAAAAGACUGCAACAUCUAUAAGCUACUGAAGCAAAGGCACAAGAAUAUAGGAGAACUACAGUUCCAGCAGAACACAACUCACUGUUUCUCGGCUCCUUUCAGAAUUUCUGGAGAGGAAGGAGACAGCUUCAUGCAGUGACGAUUCGAGAGUGGUUCUCCUACAGCUCCAUGCUUGUGUACUUUGAUUAACAAUAUAUGUAAUGACAUUUUAAUGUUUUAUGGUGUGAUUUGCUACCAUUUCAUCUGUUGCAGGAGGCACUGGCCUCCAAAACAAUAUAUAUGGUUGUUUGCUUAA